AUGACGAGGAAACCAAAUACGUUACAUACAUAUACAUUUUCAAUUUUCUUGGUUUAUACGUUAAUCUGCUCGUGGAUAUUACCAGUAGAAUCAGCAAGAAUAUUAGCCGUAAGCCCAAUUGCCGGCAGAAGUCAUUGGAAUUUCAUCAGUUCAAUACUUCGUGUUUUCUCAAAUAAUGGCCAUCAUGUCACUGUGUUUACACCAUUUCCCGACGGUGAACGAGACAACUAUACGGAAGUAGAUACAUCUAAUGAUCAUCUAAAAUUUCUAGAUAUGAGUUUAAUCGAUUCAAUUGAAUCCUUCGGAUCUGCGAAAGUGAUGAUCGAAUUCAUUAGAACUAAACGUAUAUUUAUAUGUGAUGGAAUGUAUAAAAGUGUUGAGUUAAAUAAAAUAAUGGAAGAAAAAGGAAAUUCAAAUUUCGACGUAGUCAUUAUUGAAACACUGGGCUACGAUUGUGAAUUCUAUUUGGCUAGUAAACUAAACUUGCCGUUGAUAUAUUUGGUUACAUCGCCAAUGGUAACAUUUGAUGAACGCGUCAUUACCGGUGACAUACCAAAUCCAGCUACAAUUUCACAUAUAUAUGCUGAUCACGCCAUUCCUAAGACAUUUGUGCAAAGAUUAUCAAAUACAGUAUUGUUGGGGUACAAUAUGAUGCUUUUAAGUGUUGACAAAUGUAUAAGAAAGUAUAUGAUCAAUAGACCGUACAAUUGGGUGACAAAUAUUGUUCAACCUUCUCUGACAUUUGUAAAUAGUCAUUUCAUAAGUGAGUCUUCGAGACCAUUUCCACAAAACGUCGUACAAGUCGGCGGAAUUCAUUUGAAACCUCCAAAGAGUUUACCAAAUGACAUAUUAGAAUUUAUUGAAAAUUCUCCACAUGGGGUUAUCUUGUUCACAUUAGGUUCAAUUGUUAAUAUGUCAAAAUCUCCUGAUUAUAUACUAAAUCCACUGAAGGAAGCAUUAGCCCAAGUUCCUCAAAGAAUACUUUGGAAAUAUGAAGGAGAAAUGGUGAAUAAACCAAAAAACGUAAUGAUAAGAAAAUGGUUACCUCAACGGGAUAUUCUAUUGCACCCCAAUGUAAAAUUAUUCAUCAGUCACGGAGGUAUGUCAGGAGUAUAUGAAACAGUGGAUGCUGGCGUUCCAGUUCUUGGAUUCCCAUUAUUUUACGAUCAGCCAAGGAACAUUGACAACUUGGUUAACGCUGGAAUGGCCAUUUCCAUGGAUAUUUUAUCUGUGACAAAAGAUAUGUUUUUAAAAAAUGUAUUAGAACUAGUAAAUGAUGAAAAGUAUAUGCGAAACGCUAAAAUCGCCUCCGACAUAUUCAAAGACCGACCGAUGUCCCCAGAACAGUCAGUACUUUACUGGACUGAAUAUGUAAUUCGCCAUAAAGGUGCCACGCAUUUGAAGCCUCACUCACUUAAUCUAACUUGGUACCAAUACCUUUUGUUGGAUGUGAUCGCUGCGAUGAUAGUAUUUGUAUGUAUUAUUUUAUUUAUAACAUAUAUAUUGAUAAACAUGUUUCAUAAACAUAUUUUGAAAAAUAUCAUGAACAAUAAAGCAAAAUCUGAAUAA